CCUAAAUUUAUGUGUUAGGAGUGUGAUAUUUUUUGUUUAAUCAGUGAAGAACAAUAAAAAAAUUAAUAAUGUUCUAAUUGUAAAUCCAAUUUGUGACUAAAAUAUUUUAUCUUCAAGUUUCUCAACAGCAUAAUGGGAGAAGCAGCACCAGGUGGUAUUGAAGCCAAUCCUUCUACAUUAACAGCCAACCGAUCAUUCAUCAAACAGAGAAAGGGAUUCAUCAGUCCAACCAGCAGUUUUGUAGAUUUUGGGACCCUCGAAAAUGAGUACUACACAGAAGAGGGGAGGGAAACUGCUGACUUUUAUAACCCUCACCAAAACCGGGAGUUGAAAAGACCAACUACAGACUUUGAAGCAGCCACUCAUCUACUGAAGGGUAGUGUUGGGGCCGGUCUGCUGGCGAUGCCCAAGGCUUUCUCACACGUGGGAGUGGUGUUUGGUUUCAUCAUCACAGUCAUUAUCACUUUCCUCUGCGUCUACGCUAUGGACGUACUGCUAUCCAUGCAGUACAUUCAGUGUCAGAGAUUACGCACUCCGUUCAUCCCACUGCCUGCGUCUAUGAGGAUCGGCUUCAAGAACGGUCCUCGGCGUCUGAGAUGCUUUGCUUCCAUUGCUCCAUUAUUGGUGGACAUUUUCUUAAUAUCCUGCCAACUUGGGUUUUGUACAGCAUACAUUAUUUUUAUUGCAUCAUCAAUAAAACAAGUUGUUGAACCAAGAUUCGUGGAAGAUUUGAACUUGAAACUGUACAUCUUGAUGAUAUUCAUCCCGGUUUGUCUGACGAACUACAUUCGAGAUCUGAAGAAGCUGAUGCCUCUGUCUCUACUGGCCAACAUUCUCAUCUUGUUCUCCCUCGGGUGUUGCCUUUAUUACAUCUUCUGCGUGGGACGAUGGAAUACGGACACAGUCAAGAUGGUAGUCCCUGUACAAACCUGGCCACUGUUUGUGGGAACUGUGUUGUUCGCCCUAGAAGCUGUGGGAGUGAUUAUAGCACUUGAACACAACAUGAAGAAUCCUGAACAUUUUCUCGGCUGCCGAGGUAUAUUCCCGUGGUGUAUGUUGGUUGUGUCUUUUUUGUAUGUCUUUAUUGGCUUGAUCGGAUACCUCAAGUACGGAGAAGAUGUUAAGGAGACUAUCUUUGCAUCUUUACCCAAAGACGAUUGGCUAGCGUUGACAGUUUACGCUAUUUACGGAUUCUGCAUAUUUCUGACUUACCCGCUACAGUGUUUUGUGUCGUUGGAAAUCUUGUGGGGCAACUACAUCCGCCAUGUUGUUGACGACCCUUUGAAAGAGUUCAUUGUUGAGUACAUACUUCGGACAGUGACUGUCUUGAUCACUUUUAUAGCAGCUUUGACGAUUCCACAGAUUGACAUUGUCAUUUCCCUGAUUGGCGCGUUGUGCAUCUCCUGCCUCGGGAUGAUAUUUCCCUUCACGCUAGAACUCGUCACUCGAUACCCUAAUGAUUUUGGCCGCUGGAAUUGGAUUCUAAUUAAAGACAUUAUCCUUAUCCUAUUGGGUUUUGGUAUUCUUGUCAUUGGAACCUAUACCUCUCUCUACACAUUUUUGUUUUCAUAAUAAAAAUUUUUGGAACAAUUUAAA